AUGGCAAAUAAAGCUUUCGAAUAUCAAAACUUAAAGCGAAAGCACGAAAAAAAUAGUGAAUUUGACGAGCAAAAUUUGAAACGAAAAAAUGAAGCAAAACUCGGCUCUAACAAAUCGAUAAAAGCAUCAAAAGCUUCAACUCCUAAUAGCCGUGUUCGUGAACAUUACAAUGAAAAACCGGAUGUUGGUGUUGAGAAACGAAAUGAAUCUACAAUAUUAUUUUUAAAAAAUUUCAAUAAUUGGAUUAAAAGUGUUAUAAUUGGGAAAUAUGUUGGUGCUAAUUCUACAGUUCUCGAUAUUGGCUGUGGAAAGGGUGGUGAUCUCCUUAAAUGGAAAGCCGCAAAAAUUUCUGCGCUUGUGGGUCUUGACCUUUCAGAUGUAUCAAUUGAUCAUGCCAAAAAUCGUUGGGAGAAUCUUAAUAUUAGAGAUAAAUAUCCCGCAGAAUUCCAUGUUUUAGAUUGUUUUUCUAACCCAAUUACCUCAAUUUCGUCUAUAAAAAAUAAAAAGUUUGAUGUUGUCAGCAUGCAAUUAUGUCUUCAUUACUCGUUUGAGACAGAAAAUAAAGCACGCAUGGCUUUAAUUAAUGCAUCUUCUAAUCUAAAAGAAGGUGGUUUGUUUAUCGGCACGGUAACGGACGCCAAUUGGAUUGCUAAAAAACUAAAGGCCUUAGGACCAAAGGAGUUACAAUUCGGUAAUUCGAUAUAUUCCAUCAUAUUCGAACAAAAACACGAAUUUCCAACCUUCGGACACAAAUAUAAUUUUUAUCUUGAGGACGCCAUAAAUGACUGUCCAGAAUAUUUGGUUCACUUUCCAACGUUUGAAAGGUAUGUCAGAUUUCAUGAUAUAUACAACGAAGCAAAAGAGGAUCCACAAUAUCGCCAACUACUAUACAAGAUGUCUGUAAUUAAACUCAAUAAAGAGUAUGGUGAGAUGAGCGAUGCAGAAUGGGAAGCUGCAGGUUUUGCGUUUAAGAAAGUGGUAAAAUAA